AAUGAUGCGUCAUUUGAUAGAUUCUUUGCUCGGUUUUCCUCACUGCCUUCUUCCUUCUCCUCGUUUGGGUCUGUAGCAGCUCCCUGUGCGCGCUUUCGUUCCAAAGGGGGCUGUCUGUCUUUGAUGGGAUCCAGCUGUUGGCCAAGUGCUCUGGGGGCCCGUUUAUUUGCAUUGCUAAACAAUCCGUGGAGUGGGCCGAGGCGGCCGCAUCGGGUGACCAAAGCCAAGUGUCUCGACAUUCAAGUGAACGCGCGUACGCGGAGGGGGCGCUUUGGGCACUUCGUUUUGCGCUUUGGGUAUUGCGAGCCCGUAAAGGUAGUAAAACCACAAAGAUCAACUCGUUUCCUACUGCGAGGGGUUUACGGGUCGGCGGUGUGACGUUCUUUCCAAGGGAACCACAAGGAUCCACAUAAACAUGUUAUUUGAACUACGUGGCUUGAGUUGGUCGACCAACAAAAGAAUGUUGUCCAUUUUAAUAUGUAUCAUAUGCUGCAUUCACUCCGGGAAAAGUCAGACAUGCACAGAUGGAUUUACUUAUGACCGCCGUGCCAGACAGUGUAUCGACAUUGAUGAGUGCCGGACACUGCCAGACCCGUGUCGGGGUGACAUGCAGUGUGUAAAUCAGAACGGUGGAUACCUGUGCAUCCCCCGCGGACUCUACUCCCAAUCCUAUGCCCGAAACAGUCCACGUUCCUAUCCUGAGCCUUCCUAUCCUGAAGAGUCCUACCCUGACAGAUCACUGGGAUAUUCAGAACCAUUCAUUCCUAACGUUCCUCCUGUUGGAGCAGGUCCUGGUCCAAGCUACCCAAUAGUGAGCCGGUCCACUCCCUGCAUCCUUGGAUAUACACUUGGUGCCGAUGGCACUUGUGUUGAUGUUGACGAAUGUGAGGCAGAGUCACACCAGUGUAACCCGACUCAGGUGUGUAUAAAUACAGCCGGUGGAUAUACCUGCUCAUGUACUGAGGGCUACUGGCUGGUGGGUGGACAGUGCCAAGACAUUGAUGAGUGUCGCUAUGGUUACUGCCAGCAGCUGUGCGCUAAUGUCCCUGGCUCAUAUUCCUGCUCCUGUAGCCCUGGAUUCCUUCUUAAUGCUGAUAGCAGGACAUGCCAAGAUGUGGAUGAGUGUGAGACAAACCCAUGCUCUCACGGCUGUUUGAACACAUACGGCUCAUUCAUGUGCACCUGUGAUGAGGGCUUCGAGCUCGCCUCUGAUGGGACCACCUGCAAUGAUCUGGACGAGUGCAGUUUCUCAGACUUCCUUUGUCAGCACACGUGUGUGAACACGCCAGGAUCAUUCUCCUGCAUUUGUCCGCCUGGAUAUUACGUGUAUGAGGAUGGAAGGAGCUGUGAAGACCUCAAUGAAUGUGAGUCUGGAAACAACACCUGUACAACAGCACAAGUGUGUUUCAAUUUCCAGGGAGGUUACACAUGUCUGGACCCUCUUAGAUGUGAUCCACCUUUCAUAGAGCUCAGUGACAAUCAGUGCAUGUGCUCUGCCGAGAAUCCCGCUUGUCGGGAACAACCCUUCACUAUUCUGUACAGGCAUAUGGAUUUGUCUUCUGGCCGCAGUGUUCCUGCCGAUAUAUUUCAAAUGCAGGCCACCACACGUUACCCUGGAGCAUUUUACAUCUUUCAGAUCAAGUCUGGCAACGAGGGGCGAGAGUUUUACAUGCGGCAAACCAGUAAUAUCAGUGCAACUUUGGUUCUGGCCCGGCCCAUUAAAGGACCGAAGACCAUCGUUCUAGAUCUAGAGAUGGUUACGGUUAACAACGUCAUCAACUUCCGUGGCAGUUCAAUAAUCCGCCUCACAGUAUUUGUCUCUGAACAUCCAUUCUGAGGCUUUACAAAUGAACCUCUGACCUCUCACCUCUUCAUGGCCCCAUACCUCUAUCUUGGACUUCCUGUUAUUGCACUACCCGUCAGGCAGCUGCAUUUCUUCAUUUUGUUUGUUCUGUGGAUCUGGACUCUCAUGUGGUCUUCACCUUCUCUGUCUGCUCUGUAGUGGGCGGAGCUUGUGCUGAUGUUUGAUAUUUCAUAAUGCAGGUUUUUCAUUAGGCUGCCUGGCUGUCAUUGUCAUCUGCAGUCACA